CAUUAUGUUAAUGUUUCCUUUCCUAUCUUAAUAAUGAUAUCAUAAGCAUGUACAAAUACUGCAAAUACAGGAUGGAGUAACAAUUACUAAAAAAUGGUAAUAACAACUGUUAAUUCCAUAACAGAUGUGGAUCUCACAACAGUAUGUCCAAAAAUUGAUCCAGAUAAAGUUCCAGGUUUGACUCCCUAUUAAUAUCUAAGUUCUAGUAGCUGUCUGGGAUAUUUAGGUCCAUUAGGUCCUUAUGGACCAUUAUCAUAAUUAGGACCUUUGUCUAAUCCUUUUUGGUACUCAUCAAAUUUUUUUGGGCAAAUCUAAUUGCCUACUGAUUUAGAACAGUUAAUACAAUGGAGUUUAUAUUAAUAUGGAGAUCCAAUGUCCAAAGAUGGUCCAUUAGGUUAUAAAGGUCCUUUGGCUACUACAUAAUAUUAUGGAUAAUAAGAUCCAGGUAAAACACUUUUUGAAACUAAUGACUUUGCUGUUUAAUUAAGAGCUUUUGGAUUAUGGUCUGCUCUAGGCCCUAUUGGACCAUUAGGACCUUUAGGACCACUAGGACCCUUAGGACCUAUUGGAGCUCAUGGAUAUAAUGUUGAUAUUAAUGGAAAUUAUAUUAAUGGAUCUAAUAUUGUAAAAACUAUUACCAUAGAUUAUGAUGGUAGUAGUACUAGAACUUAUCCUUUGUAUGAAUAUUAUCAAAGCAGUUAUGCUAAGACUAUUUUGCUUGAUACUUCAUUUUUAACUGAAAGUGAUGUUUGUUAAGGUGAUGAUGCUUAUUAUAUUGGUUCUCAACCUUUUAAUUAGAUUGUUACUUUUGUUUUAACUCCUCUUAUAGCUUUAGACUCUUAUUCUUUAAUUUUAUAAGAUUAAUCUGGUAGAGUAAUUGCUUAAUCAAAUGCUAACAAUUACAUCCAAACAAUUUAAUUGACUGUUAAAAUGAAUAGUAAAUUAACUAUAAUAGUUCAUCCAACUUAUCUAUCUACAACUAUUGGAUCAUACAGAUUAUUCGUAACUGGAUCAACAUAAUAUAUUACUCAAUACAAUAUAUCUGGAAAUCAAAUUAUAUCCAAAUGA